AUGUCUAGCUUUCGUGGUCGCCACGACGACGAAGGAACUGUCCAACGCGUAGAAAAUACAUUGAAAAAUCUUUAUCAUGAUAUCGAACACACAAUUCGUCAUUACAUUGAUAGACUUAAGCAUGGUAGUGGCAGAGCUGAUGAUCAAUUGACCUUGUUCAAAUUUGAAACUUUCUCGCCUAUUGUCGAUGUGUAUCAACGUGAUGAUAACUUCAUUAUACAUGCUGAACUACCCGGUGUUCCUAAAGAAAAUGUGAAUGUCGAGAUCUUUGAAAACAGACGACUUGUAAUCAGUGGUGAAACACAUAAAGAAGGAAAACGUAAUACCGGAAACGGAAUAAUUAUUGAACGGCGUCAAGGAAAAUUUUACCGUACAAUUUAUUUUCCCGCUGAUAUUGACCAAAACAAAGUCCAAGCUCACAUAGAUCAUGGAAUGCUUAAAAUCACGCUUGCACUCAGUAGAAAACCUGCAGUGAAUAUGAUUCCUACAGAUAUAUGGACAGAGAUUUUCAAAUAUGUUAUCGAUGAACCGAGAAAGCUCUCAAAAUACUGGUGCAAUCGGGGCUUAUCGAGAAGUAUAAAAGAAGGAGUCGAGAAUGCCGCUGCUGAUAUUUUACGCGAGAAUGUUAUAUUUUCGCUUGAUGUUUCUGUUACUAGAAAAGGAGUUUGGCCAUACGAUGCACAUCAAUAUCUAUUGUCCAGCACGACUCUACCUUUUCCAAUUCCAGGCAACGUACCAUACGCCGCAUUUUCAUUCCCAUUAGUUGUCGAGAAUUUGGAAAUUAAUGCAUUAGGUUUGGCUACAAUUCAUUUCGAUUUGAAAUAUAAAUUGAGACCACCGCAAUUAGAAGAUUCCGAUGACCAAGGGUACAAUAAUUUCUUUGUUUUCCCUGGAUUGAGAACGACGACCAUGGCUGCGAACAAUUUAUUACUAUUGAAUAAUAAUCGCCAACGUGAUAACGAUAAAAAUGAUGAAUCGAACUGGAGGAACUUUUGCGCAAACUUUGAGUUUUGGAAGAUGUCAGCUGAUCGAGGAGUCUGGUGGUCUGGCGCAAUUGGAGUAAAAUAUCAAUUUGAUUUAAGCGGAAGUUUCAAAUUGAAAGUUGACGAGGUUCUUGUUCGACCUGUGCAUGGAUGGAUCUGA